AUGGCGGCUAAUUUUACGUUGAGGGUAAAGUGGUUUGAAGAAAUUCGUCUGUCUUAAGCAUCUAAUGAGUUGGAAAAUGCAAUAGAAUUUGUGAUAAGGCAUAAGUUAUGGAGGGAACUGUGGCAGGAGUACGAAUUGUUCCCCCUGUGGUGGAAUUUUUUGAUGCUGAAUCGGACGUUGUUCACCAAAUGACACUAACAGUUCAAAACUCGAGCAAGACAUCGAAGAGCAUCCGAUUUCACGGCCCUGCAUCAAAUAUUGAAAGCAAAGAAUCCAGAACAUGCUAUUGCACCAGGGCUUGAAGUGUCGGCUUUGGUUGAAUACUACACCACUAAAGCUGAAGAUGCACAGGACAGAGUUAUAUUAGUGGUUGAUAAUGAUGUUGUGGAGAUUCCUCUAGUUGCAUACACACCUUGCCCACAGUUGGAACUGAGUGGUCCGGCAGAUUUUGGUGUGACAGUAGCUGAUAGCAAGGUCUUAAUGCGUGAGAUUUUUAUUACCAAUGAGGGAUCAUUGACAGGGGAAUUUAAAAUAAGGUACAAUGGCAACCAGCCAAUCACAAUUAUGCCUUCAGGUGGCAUUAUUAAGCCAGGAGCUAGGCAGUUUGUCAAGAUUGAAUUCAUAAGCAAGACUCCAGGAAAGCUAAAUGAAGAAGCACAAAUCAAACUAGAUGGCCAAUCUCCAACAACUCUGCAUAUCAUUGGGAAUGUAGUGGAGCGAUCUCUGGAACUGUUGACUUUAGAUACAGAAGAAAACAUUGAAACAAUUAACUUUGGCUCAACAUAUUAUGGGACUGACCAGAUUCAGUCAUUUCUUAUUUAUAACAAUGGACCAGAUGUUGCUAAUUUUGUUGUUAUAUUGGAAGAGGGUGGAGAGGGACAAGAACUGGGGGUUGACUUGACCAAGAGUGCUACAGCAAUGUUACUUUCUCAAACAAAUGCUCAGGAGCUGGGAAAUGCCAAUGACUUGACAACACUGGUGACAGCCUUGCCAAACCAGGGGAUCCUUCAUCCACAAGAAAAAAGAGAGAUUCACUUUAGAUUUAGUCCAAGAUAUGCAAAAUCCACGAAAGGAUGGGUGGCUAAUGAUCAACCUCCCCCAAGGAAAGAUUACACCUUGUUUAUGCAUAUAGAGACUGUUGGCAGUGUUUCUGGAGGUGGAAGUGAUAAUAGAGGUUCUAGAGUUGAAGUUGCUAUCCUAGGAACAGCUUUGCCAGUGCUGCUCUCCAUCUCACCAAGUCCUGUGUUUAAGUUUGGAGAUUGUCUAAUUGGUGAACAAGUUGAUAUACUAUGCACUGUGAACAAUGAAUCAGCUAGCUUGCCAUUGAUAUUUUCCCUACACUCCACAGCACAUUUCCAUUCUUCACCGUCACAAGCUCAUAUUAAUCCUGGAAUGUCGUUAGACGUGUUGUUGACUUUCAGGCCCAAUCAGAUGGGAUCCUUCAAGCCACUUGUUCCUCUGGAGGUUUUAGGAGGCAUUGUAGAGCAGUUUUCAUUUGAUGGAGAUCCUACUCUUUUGAGGCUGGUACCAAUUUACACUACUCCAAUCUCUUUUCAUGGCUCUGGAACCAGGGCAACCAAUAAACUCAAAACACAGCCGGCACCUGGAGUCCCACAGGUUGCCCAUCCAAAUGAUCGUGCAACCAGUGUCCGGCCAGCAAAGAGAAAUGAAACUGUCAAGACAUUAUUUACAGGUAUUGAGAGGUACACCUAUAUAGACCCUGAUUAUGCCUUCACUGAAGAAGAACAACAACUCAGAUUGGAACACAAACAACAAUAUUUGGACUACAUCAAGUCUUUGAGGCAAAAGAGACAAGCUGACAGUAAGAGAAGUGACUUUCAUCAGUUUAAUAACAACACUGAUUUAGGAAUGAGAAGUACCAUAGGAUUAAAACCUCCAAAGAUCUCAGCAAAAGAGGUUACAUCCCCAGUCAAAGCUCCUUCUCCAGUUCGUGAUGAAGUGAAGUUAUUGAGUUCCAUGACACUUGCAGAUGAAAAGUCAAAGACCUUAUUAAAAACAUUGAGUGAUGGCUUGAAUGCUGUGCCAAUGACAGAAAGGGAGAGGCAGGACUGUUCCUCAGUGCUCUCUCCACAGGAAUUAAAACUUGUAGAUAUAGGUCCUUCCCUUAUGGACUUUGGGCAAGUUUGUCUACGGUCUGCUAGCAGUAGAGAUCUCAUGAUUGUUAACAACUUAAAUAGUUUUAUUCAUGUUGUUGUAGAGAUUGACUGUCGUGAACUGCGUCAAACAUCUCCAUUGUCACAAGUAAUUCCCCCAAACUCAGUUGCAAAGCUGGCCAUGAUGUUUGAAUCAAAUGUAAGGGGCAGGUUUGAAAGGAGCAUUAAUUAUAGCAUUAAUGGCUAUCACCAUCAACACAUUGUUGUCCUGGCAGAAGUUGUUUCAGUAGCUUUGGAGUUGUCAAGUGAUAAAGUUUUGCUUAGACCUUCUUCAGGCUUAUUGGUUGAUUCAGGCACUGUUGAUGCAUUUACCAGCUUAGAGUGUGAGGUUGUGUAUCAACCAACAUUUUCUGCUCCUGAGGAAACAGAUUUCCUUGUUCAUGUAACUGGAGGAAGUGAUUUGCUGCUGACCUGUAUAGCUAAGCUUGGCUCUGCUCACUGCACAUUUGUGGAAAGAAGGCUUUUGUUUGGCUCGGUGCCACUUCAUUUAACAACAGUGAAAUGUGUGUCACUUCAAAACACCAGCCAGGACCAUGCUUACUUUGAGGUGAUUGACACUUGUCCUAUUCCUGGCAUGAUCAUUUCCCCAAAGGAAGGAAUUGUUCCCGUCGGUGGGACAGCAGAACUCCAGGUGGAGUUUACCCCUAAUAGUAUCCACAAGUUUGAUACUCAUAUUCAGGUGAAUGUGCGAGGCUGGAAGACCAUCUCACUGAGGGUGGGAGGUACAGUCGAACCUCCUUGUGUGGACAUUGAUGUGAAUUUGUUUCAGUUUGGUGGAGUCCACUGUGGUGCAUUGGCAACUAUUAAAUUUCUCUUAACCAACAAGACUCGCACCCAAGCAGACAUGGUAUUUGACCUGAGUAGGUUCCUGGACUUUUCACUCAAGUUUCUAGACAAUGAAAUUGAAGAUGAUCCAGUGGAUGAUGGCAAUGGUGUUUAUCAUGUCUCAUUAAAAGGUCAAAAAGUCUUGGAAUGUGCUCUAGAAUUCCAUCCUUCGGAGGUAGCAUCUUAUGAUUUUGUUAUCCCCGUCAGCAUCAAUCACGCUGUUGCUCCCACCCCAGCACCUUCAACCUUUCCCCCUACACCUGCUCCCUCACAUAUGAACUGGACCAUAUCUGACCUCGUAACUCCUUUACCAUCCCUAGCUGGGGUGGCCACUCCCAGUCGACGUGUGGUGGCAACAGCUCUGCGUCCCCCACUUCAGCUCUCACACUCUGUUUUGGAGUUUCAUCUUCCAUCUGGUUACUUUGACCUUGGUAUUGAAUCUGGGGCAGGACGUGCUCAGGGCUGUUUGUUUGUGAACAACAGUGACAAACCCUUGUCAUGGACUUUACACACUAAAGCUGCAGGACCCUUCUUGGAGGAUGGAACCUUUAAAUUUCUUCACAGAACAGGGUCACCUUUCACGCCAUCUUCAGCAGGAAAGAAAAGCUUUAUUCCUGAUAUUACUUUGGAAAGUGGAGAGACAUUUCAGUUAGGAGUUCUGUUCACUCCACAAAGUCCAGGAUUAUUUGUGGCACAUGUUCCUGUAAUAUUAAAUGGCAGUAGAGACAUACCUUAUCGGACAUUGACUCUCAGAGGAGAACUGCUGGCUCCAAGCCUCGCUUUUGAUCCUGAGAGUAUUAGGUUGAUGCCUGUUCCUCUUAAUACAAAAGUCUCUGUUAACUUCAACAUUACUGCAAGGGGAUACAGAAGAGCUUCAGUUUUAGACUGUGAAAUCCCACAAGUAGAAUUGGAGGAUGGAAGCUUACAAUCGGUACUGGAAAUAACAUUUCCUGGUGGACAGUCAAUCCAGCCCUGCUGUACUAACGAUGACAACAAUCAAGCUUGUGUGAUCCCAUGUACUGUGACAUUCCAGUCCCCCAGCCCUGUUACAUGCAACACAGCCAUCGUCUUCACAGAUGGAAAGGAAAACUAUGAACUUCCUGUGACCGCCACUGCUGAUAACUGUUUGUUCUCGUGUUAUCCCUUCCUGGCCGCUCACCAAACUGACUUUCAUAUCGUCUGUGAACAAAAGGCAUUAUCCAUUAAAGAUAAACAAACAGACACCCAAGACUACCCACCUGGGGAACCUGUGUUCAUGCCGUGCAUAACCCCCAAUCGUACGCCCACAGUAGCCUCAACAAGUGCAACAAGUACUAGCUUUGGUAUCAGCACGUCAACGUAUCUCGAGUCAAGUAAUGAAGCCACUUCAUCAACUUACCCGUCAACGCCUCAUCAUGGGGAAUCCCAACCAGGGGGCCCUGUUCGAGGGCUGUCUGAUGGGUCUGAAACAAAUGGGACCUUCGUCUUGGGGCCUGGGGCUGAGAGUGAUGAGAGAAAGUUCAUGAGAAAAGUUGUUGGUGCAAUACAGAGAUACUUCUCAGGACAGGGCUGGUCUGGUGGGCCUUACCCAAUAGCAAUACCUCAGACCCUGCGAUCAGCCCUCCAGGAUACAAGUGAUCCUCAGGUUGGUGGCACAGGGGCUGCAAGGACUUCAAACUGGGAUAAUAAUUCCAAAAUAGAGCUGAGGUCAGCAUUUGAUCUGAUCAGUCAUAUGUGCGGUCGCCCUUUCCCAGGAAUUCCACUGGCAUCUACCCUUCCAACGUGUCCAGUUGAUCGUGUGCGGCAAAUUCACUGGAUGUACAGCACACUUCUUACGUUUUUGAGGACGCAGGGUGCAAUGGUGGCUCAUGUCAAACCAGAAGACUUGUUAGAUACCACUGACUAUAUCCGCUGGCACAAAAUCCAAAGAAAACUGAAAGGAAUGGAUAAAGAAGAUUCCGGCAGAGAAAGAGGGAUAAACAAGUUAGAAGUAGCUCGGUUUGAGACUUGCUCGACCCAGGCAUGGACUUAUAUCCUGUCACAACUCGUCAAGGUGUUAAUUCUGAGUCGCAUCACCCCGCAUCAGUUCAGGAAGCUUCAGUUUCCCAACAAGGUCAUUCCACUUCCUGAAGUGAAUCCUGAUCCACUGACUAGCAAUGUUUAUAGUGUGGGAGAGCGAAUCUUGUUAGCGUGGAUCAACCAUCAUUACAAUGUUCAGAGAAACACCAGUUGGCCUGUUGCUAUUGGUGGAUCCAGUCCUCCGUGCCGGUGGAUUGUGAAUUUUGAUGUCGAUUUCAUGGAUGGACUGGUUUUAGCAGCUCUCGUGAGCGCUCAUGUGCCAUUUGUGAUUUCAACCCAUCUUCAUUCCAUGUACACCCGGCCCAGCAAGGCGGAACAGUGCCUUCAUAAUGUGAUCAAGGUUGUCGAGGCUCUCAGGCACAUUGGUUUGGACUAUGAUAUUCAGCCAACAGAUCUAACGGAGCCGAACCCUGUCGCAGUUGUCCUGUUGUGCAUUCAUCUAUACCAGCGGUUACCUCAUUACUUGCCACGCGCCACGGUCACCUUUGAAGGAUCUCUGCAUGAUAUAAUAACAAAACAUGUUCGACUUCAAAAUCCAAGCACCAAACCCCUCGUGUAUCAGGCUCUUUUGGUGGGGAAGGACGCGGCUGACUUUCGGUUACCAAUGGGAGACACAAUUCAGGUUUCACCUAAAGGCCAGCUGCAGAUGCCAGUUGAGUUCAAGAGCCGUUUUCUCAGACCGUGUGAUGCAACGUUGGUUCUAGUUGGAAAACGGGAGGGAAGUCCAUGUGGUAAUACAUUGGUGUUUACUUUGGAAACCUGUAUCAAUAACAUUGUGCCUGUGGCAACAAUUACAAGCGAGUCACCGUGCUACCAACUUCAGAUGGUGAACUUUGACGUCACCAACCCAUUUCCGUCAUCCGGAGAGUUUCGCAUUGUGCUGGUAGAAGCUCGGAAUUCGUUCCCAGGGACAUCGCCGCCAAAAGUGAAGGCCUCAAAGUCUAGUAAGAAACUGAAGAAGGUUGGGUCAAGGACUGAUCAUGGGCAAAUGAUCAAGUCGCCUAGAAGAGAGUUUGCACCCAAAAUAGAACAACAUAAGAUGGAGGCAGUCACAGCCCCUCCAUCUCUUCCUACACUGAGUGCUUUCUGGUCACCCAUCAAAAACAUUCACCUUGAGGCUAACUGCAGCGCUACAGCAGAAAUCCACUUCUUACCUUUUGAUGUUGGUUUUAGGCAGUGCUCAAUCCUCUUUAUCAAUGAGAAGAUUGGCGAGUUUCUCUACUGCAUUGAGGCGAUUGCCACUCCUCCGCUGCCCUCCCCCGUGCCAGUGGUCGCUUCCCCACACAGUGUUCGGAUCAGCAGCGCUGCGGCAGCCAGGACUGGCAGGGGGGCAUUCGGUGGGGACGAGAGGGUGGUGUACUGGAAAUGUGAUAAUGACGAGUCUUUUACAGAGGACUUAUACAUCCCACUUGUUAAUGAGACAAGAGAAAAUGCUUUAGCAAUUGCCGCUCAGCAGCGUAUGUCAGAACAGGAGUUUCAGCGCCGAAUGUUGACAGGCACCUUAACCAGCUGUUCCGUAACAGCAAGUGUGGCCGCGUUAGGCCUGGGAGGCGACAAAUUCUUGCAUCCUGGGGAUUCAAAAAUGAAGAAGGCGCUUGAAAGAGAAAUCACUGAGUUUCACACAGAGCUGAGCUCCAAGUACUUCCAGGCUCCUUCCAAGGUUAUCAUACCGGCGAGUAUCGACCAAAAGAGUGCCGAGUUGACGUCUGGCACACUUAAGUCUGGACCCUUGAGGAAUACAGUCUCAUUACCAGUGAGUUUUCAACCUAAUGGACCUGGGCACUACCCUUGUCGAAUUGUUCUUAAAUCAGCGCAUGAUAUGAGAGUAUAUCAACUGGAAUGUACAGUGACUCCCGUUGGCUCAGCUCUUGAGCUGGAGUUCACAUCACCAACACAUCAAUCAGUUACUCAGGACAUACCUGUGGUGAACCAAAGUAAUCAGGACUGGCAGCUGGCGGCAAGCCUGGAGGGAGAGGGAUUCUAUGGACCGCCUGUCAUGGUAGCAAAAUCUCGGCUCACCACCAGCUACCCCUUGAUGUUUAAACCCUGUUACGAAGGACAUGUUGAGGGAAAGCUUGUGUUGACGAACACUUUAGACGGCACAGAGCAGGUCUACAGGCUGAUGGGAACAGGACAAAAGCCGCAUCCGCUGGAUCACAUCUUGAUAGAGUGUCCUGCUAAACAAAGUGCAACCUAUACCUUGCAAGUGCCAAAUGUGACGAAAAAUAAACUCAUAUUUCAGGUCAAGACUGAUCUCGAUAUUGUUAGUGGCCCAUCAGCAAUCACAGUCCUUCCAGGCAAGACUGCAGAACACGUGAUCACGGUCUCACCUUGGAAACGAGGCACAUUCAAUGGAAUCGUUUCCUUUGUGUCAUCUGGAGAGUGUUCUGGAAGCAAUGAUACCACAAGAGUGAGAGAUGACGAGGAACAUGAUGGCUUUAUGAAUUCUAGGGCUCCUAACGAUGACGUUGAGGAACUCUUAUCUCAGGGGCUUGUGGAUGAUCCUAAACUACGACCCUACCGCUUGUGGUACACUGUGGAAAUUCAAGCCUCGGGACCUCAGCCCGAGAGAACUCUAGAAGUGACAUGCGCAGCACAUUCAGCAGUUGCAGUUGAAAUAGCAGUGACUAAUCCCACUCGAGAUAGAAUUGUUAUGGACGUACUCGUUGACGGCGUGGCUUUGUCUGGUGAGCCCACAAUUGUCUUGCACCCCCGACAGCAAGUCAAAUAUCAAGUGACGUUUGCCCCAACUGUGAUUGGCGAAUAUACCGGCAGUGUAAUCUUCCAACAUGAAGCAGUAGGAGAGUUUUGGUACGAUCUUAUGCUCAAGGCAACCACUCCUCUACCGUUACACCUUCCCUCAAUUCAUUGCGAGAUUGGCAAGUCUACUUAUCAGAUGAUUCGCCUCCAGAAUCCAACAGACGAAUCUCUAGUCCUCACACCUUACAGCUCAAACGCAGCUAACUUCAGUCUGGAACUGGAUGACACAAAACAGAUAUUGUUGGGUGCAAGUGGCUUGCUUGAAAUACCGCUUAAAUUUACUCCAUCGGCUAUCGGACAACUACACUCUGCGGAGAUUUCCUUCCAUUGCUCUCAGCUUGGCAGAUGGGUUUUUCUGGCCUCUGGUACUGGAAUGAUGCCAGGACCUGUGGAUCCAAUCAACAUCUACUCACAACUUGGAGGCAACUCGUCUGUUAUUAUUCCGUUUAAAAACCCCACGGAACGUCAAGUCAUCGUGGACGUCAUAAUGAAGGAGCGGCUGCUGUCACGGAGUGGCUCGUUGUUUACAAGCCUGCGUAUUGACACUCAACCCAAAGACUCAGUGUUCUGUCUUCUGCUUAAACGAGCUAAAGGGAUAAUCUUAGAGCCAGGAGCUAUCCUGGAUAUCCCAAUAUCCUUUGCGCCGGACACCAUGCAGCUAUACGAGGCUACAGUAACUGUGACCAUACACAGAGAUACUGAAGACAAUUGGAAUGGGAACUAUCCAAGCUUGAUGAGCACGCGUAUGGUGAAUGAUCUUCACUGGAUAUUUCCUGUCCGGGGUAUCCCUGAGUCAUGUCCAAUCAAAGAGUCCCAAGCCCCGUGUAUCGAGUGUAAGGCUCGGAGCCGAGUGGAAGAGAGACUUGAAGUAAUGCUUACCGGAGUGGCCCCUAAUAAUGCCAGUUCGGGCUUUGGGCGUUACCCUAGCAUCACUCCCAUCAAUUUACUAGGGCGCCACCUGCCCGGAGAAAUGGAAUAUGGAGUGGACUACUUGAAUGUGCCAGAGGAAUUCAGGUAUGAACUAAUUUAUGAAGAUGCAGAAUGUCAGACGUGUCUUGAAAGAUCGCUGGGCGUGAGUCUAAUAAGAAAAAUCAAGAAUCAAGUGUCAGGAGUGGUCAUUCUUGUGUUCAACUUUGUAUUCUCACCAUUCAAGCCAUUUAGCCACAAAACGCAGUUAAUGAUAUCAGCAGCUUCCGGUGGGGUUUGGAGAUUUCCACUGAGAGUGCUUGCCACUGAAGCAGAAGUAGACGAUACGAUUACUAUCGACUCUGUUGGACUGAACAUGGAGUCAGUUGUGGGUUUUAGAAUGACGAGUCAAAUGAGACACGCUCUUCCGUUUGAAGCGUUUUUUGCUCCUAAUUCUGACCUGGAGUUCACAGUAACCCCAACAUCCGGUGAGCUAACUCCUGCAGGUACUGAAGGAACACUUAUCAAGGUCUCGUAUAAGCCCCAAAUUUACGGCAAGACGCACAUGGCCAAACUGGUAGUUCAGUGCCCAGACAUGCAAUGGACCUAUGAUGUCAUUGGUAAAACUGCUGACUAUAGCCCCCCAAAUGUGCGAUCGAAAAUCGUGUCUAGUAGUGCCAACUCAGGUAGGACAGUGAAGCAAAAGAAAAACUACGUACUGGAUAACUUGAAGCUCCAAAGUACUGCAGUGUCAUCUCCGUACAAAGGUGUCCCACUUGUGCCUCGAUCAGCCAGAUAAACUGCACACCAAACGGAUGUAACCAUGUAUCAAAUGUACAGAUCAUUUUCUAAUGCGACAUUCUCAUUCCCGCGCGCGAAGAGUUCUCAAAGUGUUGUAAGUUUGUUGUUUCUUUCUUUUCGAAUAGAAUAUAUCGUUUUGUAUCUGGUUUACAAUAAACCACCGGAAACUGAAAUAAAAGUAUUUCCCAA